AUGGCCACUUUCAAUUUCAACCCGCCCAUGCACGAAUUUCAGCCUCAAAACCAACGUUUCUGGUCCAGUGCCCUCAAUUACGCAUCAGGGAUCGAACUUCCAGACCAAUAUUGUGCCAAUUCAAACGUGGCCAGUACUGUUUUCCAAGUCCAAAGCUCCCUAGAAUAUCCUGGAUGGACCGAAAACCAGGAGGAACCUACCUUCAAAUUUGACGGCAACGAUGCCAGUGGAAAUGGUCAAGAAUAUGAGACAAGGUCUGAAUUUAUAGGUAUCCCAAACCGACUAAAAUUCAAUAACACGUCUUUGAAUUGUAGUGUCAGCAACGAAUGGAUUGGGAUCCAGCAAUGCCCAGAAUCGCAGAUUGAUCAGGUGCCUGAGCCAUUUCGGAAAGUGGUGAUCCAAUAUGGAAAGUCGGGACUGCCCCAAAUCAACUUCCACCAAUACAACCGCACCGGUUUCUGUGGACUGCAAGACUGUUCGACUGAUGCUUUUCCUAAUGCCAUGAUCCAGGCAUUGUAUUUUCAAGAGGCCAUUCGUGACUUGGUCCUCAGUCACUCGUGCAAUUUAGACCACUGCUUGGUGUGCGAGUUUUCCUUCUUGUUCCACAAGAUGGAUCAAAGUCCGGGCUUUGUUUGUCAGUCCAACAACUUUCAGCGGGCCGUUCGCACAAGUCAGGAAGCCCUUGCUUUGGGAUUAGUGCUUCCAGAUUCUUCUACAUCCAUUGAUGGUUUCACCAUGAUUGGAUUGUUUCAAGCCUGGAAUCGAUUCAUGCUUGAGCAAUUUCAUGCCACUGACGAUAGGUUGUUAGGCAAACAAUGUGAAAUUCAGGCCGUGAAAGUGACCAAGUGUGCCAAUUGCAAGGGCUGCCUCAGUGUGGAAUAUGACAAUGAUAAUGUGUGCAAUUUGACUUAUCCAACGGGAAGCAAAAAGACCCACUUUGAGGACAUUCUUGUGGCCUCCCUCAAUUGCGUUGGGACCAAGCCUUCUUGGUGCAGCCUCUGUCGGCAUUUUCAAAUGGCCAAUCAAAGGCGUCAAAUCCAGUGUUUGCCAUCCUCGCUAACGGUGAACACUGGACUGGACCAAGGCACCAGUUUGGACUUCUGGCGGGAUCAGUGCGCACAAUUGAUCACAAGCUCCAAAGGAGGGAACAACGAGAGCGGCCAAUCGUGGAUUCCCGAUUGUUUAACGCUGCGACGAUUGGCCAAUGGCCAUCUUAAGGGAGGUUCCGAGGAGCUGUCGCCUCUGGAGAGGGAGGAAAUCCUCGAGGAUGUUCAAUAUGAAUUACACACUGUUUGUAGCACGAUCGUUGAUCCUGGGACAGGACAAGCCCUGAAUGUGGUGGCCGCCAUUAAUGUAGGAGAUUUUUAUCACGCUCGAGUUGGAUCGCCGGUCAGCCAAUGGUACCUGUUCAAUGACUUCAGCAUUGAUCCAAUCAACAUCUCCGAGGCCCGGCGGAUCAAUCUGGAGUGGCAAGUGCCAACUUCCUUGGUUUACCGGCGACGAAUGAACCGAGUGAGCUCCGAACAACCCCAAAUCGUUCCUUUGAGCACUUCCUCCGGCGGUUUCGAGGUCCUGAGUCCAAUUUGGGGCCAUGGCUGGCCACUGACGUUUUUGCCUUUAGACGUCAACGAGGUUCCCUCGGCUGGAGAUUUGGUGGCCUUGGAUGCAGAGUUUGUGACCUUGAAACCGGAGCAGAAGUCACUGGGGGAAGAUGGAUGCUGGAGGACUGUCCGACUUGCCCAAAGAGCCGUGGCAAGGGUCACCUGUCUGCGGGGCCAGGGUCCAAUGACCGGAGGUAAGCCAUUGAUUUGGAGCUAGGCCCUUUUGUUUCACUCUGGUUCUCAAUGAUUACGAUCUCUUGACGUGUUUCAGUGCCGUUUGUGGACGAUUACAUCUCCUGCGAGGAGGAGAUUUUCGAU